AUGUCCUUAGAAUCUGCUCUGGGUGAAUUUAACAAUGAGGUCUCCGACAAUCCUGCAUGUGGGGUAUGCGGACAGAGUUUCUCUGAUGCCGCUCAGGGUAGACGUACCAAUUGUGGACAUUGCUUUCACAAGUCGUGCUUAGAAAAGUGCCUAAAGUUGAGACCAUACUGUCCAACGUGCAACACACGCCUAUUUAGUGAACCACCCCCAACACCCUCAGGUGCGAAAACUAGAUCUCAAUCUAAGCAAUCAGCUAGUGCUCAGCAUGCGCCUAAAGCUUCAGGUAGCACUGCGAUAUCCCAAAGUGGAUCUAGUGGUGCUGUCGGUGGAUCUAGUGGUGCUGUCGGUGGAUCUAGUGGUGCCUGUGGUGGUAGUGAUCAUGCUAGUGUAGAUCCCGACAGUCUUACAGAGAUGAUAAUGAGUAGAGUUGCAGCUCAGCAAAUGCAAUUGUUUUCUGCCUUUAGUAGUCAAGUGGCCAAGCUUGUGCAAACGAACAUUGAAGCUGCUCGCACUUAG